AUGGCCACCGCGGUGACGUCGCCCCUCGCGACGUCGCUCGUUCGGCGGCGGCGGUCCGAUCGUCGCCCGCGCAUCACCCGGGCGCCUCCUCGCGCUGCCGGGGACAAGAUCGGGGGCGACUACGGCCUCUUCACCGUCGACGAGGAGGUGAAACACGAUGGCAACAUCUACGUCAUCCGCGAGAGCCUCGGCCAGGGAAGCUUCGGCACCACGUACAGGGCCACGACGAACGACGGCGACGACAUCGCGCUGAAGGUGCUCAGCUUCCGGAACAUGAAGAACUGGAAGGCGCUCGAGCUGUUCGAGCGGGAGGCCCGCACGCUGAAGGGCCUGAACCACCCGGCCAUCCCCCAGUACGUCGACAACUUCGAGCUCGACACCGACGGCGAUCGGUUCUUCUGCCUCGCGCAGCGCAUCGCGCCGGGCAGGUCGCUCCAGUCCCUCGUGGACGGGGGUUGGAGACCCACGGAACCCGAGGUGGUCGCCAUCGCCGAGCAGCUCCUGGAGGUCCUCGGAUACCUCAGCUCGCUCCGACCGCCGGUGUGCCAUCGCGACGUCAAGCCGGGAAACGUCCUCCUCGACGUGGAAACUGGUCGCGUGUCGCUGGUGGACUUUGGCGCAACCGCCGACGCCGCCGUGACCACCGCGAUGGCCGCGGAGGGAACCACGGGCGGCGGGUACGCGCAGGGGGGAUCCACCGUCGUCGGCACCUUUGGAUACUGCGCGCCGGAGCUCUACAUGGGCGCGGUGACGCCGCGGUCCGAUCUCUACUCCGUCGGCGCCACCGCUCUCUUCCUGCUCUCGGGCAGGGCGCCGUCCACCAUGCCGUCCACCAGGCUCAGGGUGGACUUCCGCGGCGUCGUACAGAUCGAGAGCGCGAGGCUGGAGGCGACCGUGGCGAGGCUGCUGGAGCCGUCGCCGGAGGACAGGUUCGAGUCGCCCGGCGAGGCGGUCGACUUUUUACGAGGCGACGGAGUUUACGCAAACGCGAAAACGGGGGAAAGUGGAGAACGACGCAACCGAGGGGGUUCGAAGGGCGCGAUGGGCGGGAGGAUGUUCACCGACCGACGCGACCGAGCCCGAGACCGCGGCGGCGGCGACGACGGGUCCGGGCCGGGCGGGGAGAUGGACUUUGACGAGACAGUCGCGGGCCUCUACGGGCCAAUCGUCGACGGAGCCGGGAUCGAUUGGGGAUCGACCGCGGCGGAGGCCGCCGCCGCUCGCGCCGUCAACGCCCCGUCCUCCCUCGCUCCGAGACGACGGAUCCGACGACCGGCGGGGACGCGCGUGAUCUGCGAGCGCACGGGCCGAUCCAAACUGCUCCUGGUCGUGCCCCCGCGGGGCCUGACCCCGGGCGCCACGUACAUAGCCGGGUUCGCGGUGGCUUGGAACUCGUUCGUGGCGUUUUGGACGGCGAGCGCGCUGGCGUCCGGGGGCGGGUUGAUCUUCGCCGCGUUUUCCAUCCCGUUCUGGCUCGCGGGCAAGGAGGUGGCGACGUCGGCGUUCGACGAGAUCUUCGAGGCGUCCAGGCUGGAGAUUGACGCUUUCAAGUUUGAGUUUACUCGGACGGCGACUGGGUUGGUGAGCGACGGUCGCGACGGCGACGUCCAGGACGUGAGCGGGUGUCGGAUGGUCGUCGAGAGCGUGAACAACGGCGAGCCGUCGGUGUGCCUGGAGCUGGAGGUGGGCGCCGAGCCGGUGCGGUUCGGUCGGGGUUUGCAGCGGGUGGAGCUCGACUCCAGCAGCUCGAGCGACACGAGCGACUCCGAGGAUGUGGGAUGGGAGCGCGAGUUCCUGGCCAAGGCGACGGAGAACGCGCUGAAGGCGCGGAUGGGCACGGGUAACCCGGAUCCCACGGCGCUGGCCGGCGGCAUGCCCGGCGCGGCGGCGGGCCCCGGGGGUAACAAGAGCAUAGGCAGGUUCUUCGACAACCAAGGGCGGUUCAUCAACCCGGCGGGGGGGUUCAACCCUUCGGGGGCGCCGCGACGCAUCCCGAAGGAACACGCGCAGUGGGGGGACUGGGAGUGCGAGGGAUGCGGCGGGCACAACAGGCGGCACAGGCAGAGCUGCUUCACGUGCUUCGUGCCGAAACCCGCGGACGCCAAGCCGGCGGUGUACACAACCUCGGUCGGGGGCAGGGCGAGGAAGGCGUAA